UAUAUAAGCUGCUGAAGAAGAGAGAAGGGAGAGAUUCUGAUUCUGACUCUGUGUGGAUUAUAAAGUCUCCUUCCUGGAAUUUCUUUUCUUAGUGAAUUUCCACCACAGUGUUCUUCAUCAUCAUAAACUUCUUUUUGAGUUUCCACUGCAGUGAUCAUCAUCAUCAUCAUUAACUCUCUAAUCACCAUCAACAGUCAUGUCCUCUCCUUCUUUCCUGAUGGUUUUGCUGGUUCUCUCCUGCUUUCAGUCCGUCACGGUGGCUCAGAGUGUGGGUGGAGCAGAUUUGUGCUGUUUUGAGUUUCAUAAAAGACCAAUUCCUGCAGCGUACAUCGUCUCUGUGGAAGAAACCAGAUCUGACUGCACACUUCCUGGAGUCAUUUUUACAACAAAAAAGACAUUCCGGAUGUGUGCAGAUCCUGAGGUGGACUGGGUGAAGCAGAUCAUUGAAAGCAAAAUUGAACCAUCAGAAUUGACUCAAACAACACAAUAAAAUUUUCUCUUCAUGAAUUAGCUUUUAUUUUUUCAUAAAUGCUUCAUUUGUAUCACAUUACUCAAAGCAAUUUAAUGUUAUAUUAAAAAUACAUCUGUAACUACA